GGCCUCAGCGGCAGUGUCAGCCCCACCAAGCGAGCCCGGUCCCGCCUCUCCGCUCCCCGAAGGCUCGCGCUUAGUCAGGACGGACCGAGAGGCGAGGGAGCGCGGCGGCCGGAGCCUGACUCCGCUUUAAGGUAGCUGGCAAGGCGAGGAGGGAAGCUCGGGAUAGGUUUGGCGGCCCGGCCCGGAGCGCCUUUCCCGUAGGUUAGUGAGCGUGACCCUAAAGUAGCCUGGCUUGAAUAGGAGAAGAGCUGAGAGGGAAAUGCAUGGUACGAGUUGGCAGGGCUGGAGGAAGCGAGAGGGGCGCGCGCAAGAAGGCAGGGUGGGGUAGCAGGUUUUGGAAGUGCGGUAUGUAUCUCUCUGUAUCUGUAGAUAUAUCCAUGGGGCAGGUUCAAGUCAGCCCUUGGAAGGAACCCAACCCAAAUCGUUAGGCAUGCUUACUCAAAAGUAGACCCCGCUGUUGAAUGGCGUUUAGUUUCGCGUGAAUGCGGGGUGCGGGGGAGAGCGUCGUCGUCGUGAGCAAGUCCCACUGAGUUCGAUGAGACUUACUUCUUAGUAACCGCGGCUAGCCUUGUAGCCUUAGUCAUCCUUGAAAACUCUGCCGUGGUAUUUGCUAUCAGGGUGGUUAGCAGAGGUGGAGUGGAGCAAGUGAGGGUUGCCAAGUUAUUUCAGGUUAAUGCACGAUCUGAAUGCACGUGGGUGUGAUGCUGUGUCCUUUGCAUGGGGGAGGAGGGCACAUGCAGUUUCAGUGUACAGGAUCCAGUGAGCAAUGGGGAGAACUGGGGGCAGUUGCUGAAUUUUUCUCCUAUGUGGGUUGGAAGGUGUGAAGUGAUCUAGGCACGUGCCGUGGAGAGGUAAUUGAUUUGAAAGUAACUCUAACAGAUGAAACACAUUUCUGAUUCCCACAGAAUCUUUAAAACAGUAGUGAGAUGGACUGAACACCGUGUGUGUGUGUGUGUGUGUGUGUGUGUGUGUCCCCAGUGGCGUAGCGUGGGUUGUCAGCACCCAGGGCAAGGCAAGUAAUUUGCACCCCCUAACCCAUGGAUUUGCGCCCCCUAACCCGUGGAUUUGCGCCCCCUAACCCCCAGAUGUUGUGCCCGGUGCGGCCAGCCCCCCCUGCACCCCCCCACGCUACGCCACUGUGUGUCCCCAUCCCUAAAUGCCUGGAGGACUAAAAAGGCAGCUUCAUUCAAAAGCUUACUUUCAAAAGCAAUGGAAAGCAACACAAGUCUCUUGCUGGAGACCAUUGAGCCAUAUAGGGGCCACCCCAGAAAAGGCUCUGUUUGUACUACCUCACCUCACUUGCUAAGCAUAAGGCAAAAAUUGUGAAGAGUUAUUUUUUGAUCUCUAAAGGCAAGGUGUUGUGCCUUGAGCCUAGCUGCUCUCUGCUCUCUGCUCUGGCCUUGAAAGUGCAUCCUGGAAUUAUGAAGACUAAAUACCUUUUCCUUGUCAAAGAGUCACAGUAAUCUUUGCAUGCUGUAAGGCACUCUCUUUUUUUUUUGUUACUACUUCACACAUUUAGGCACUGAACCAUGGCUCUGAUUAAUAAUUCCAUUUGAUUGGUUGCCAUUUUAAUUCCAUUAUUUUGUCACGUUCCCAGAAUGUUGUUUUAAAAUGUGAAUCCCGUUCGUCUUUCCUUGUGUUCAGUAGGUGAAGAAUUUCUCUUCACUGAUUUGGACAGGAAUUGGGAUGGGUUGAAUCUGUUGGGAGGAAGUUGGAAAAGCACAACUGCUAGUGAGUAACUGAGGAUGGGUGGGAGCUCUGAUAAGCAAAAAAAAGGUGAACAGUGGGUCAGGGAAGAAAAGUAGCACAUUUUCUAACUUCUCCCUGCUUUUUGUGUUAAUAUAUACUCACCAAUGGAUGGUUUUUUAAAGGGUGCUUAAUGGGAACAGCAUAUUCAUAUAUGGAGAAUUUGGUUUGAACCAAACAGGCACUGUGAUUAUUUCUUUUUCACCCCUGCUCCUCAUUCCCUGUUUGCUGCAUACCUUUCUGUGUGGCUGUUGCAUUUCCUUGUUUGAGGAUUCCUGUGAAACUGGCUUGCCAUGUGAUAUGGACAGUGAUUCCCUGUGUCCUUUAAAUGCUUGCUUAGCUCACUUUCGGACAUUUAUAUUGGGGUGGGAAGGAGGUUGUGCUAAUAGCUUAGGAACAAGAAAGCAUUCCAGAACCAUGACUGAACAGUGCCUCUCUCUCUGUCUCUCUCUCUCUCUCCCCAUCCUCCCUCCCUCUCCUUGGAAUUUGGCAGCCAAGUCCUUUCAUUGCAAACCAGGCUCCCUAAAUCCUGCCCCAGCCUUUUAGAAAACACCCACUGAAAAUGGCAGUAGCAUUGUCAGGUUGCUUCACAGGGAUAUUUGUGACUGGCAGAUGCUUUUGUGUCUGUUGUGGGAUUCCAGCAUAUCUGUUAGUUAAUGGAUAAAAGACAGCUUUGCACUCUGGAGUAAGGAAUAUAUAUAUAUAUAUAUAUAUAUAUAUAUAUAUGACACCAUUAAAUAGGUAACUUGUUUAAGUCUAUAAUUUUCUCUGUUUGAAUAUUAUAGAUGAGUCUUAUUUUCACUGUGUGAAGAAGCAUCUUGCAUGUAGCUUCAAAAAGGGGGUUCCAAUAGUUUUUUAAACUAUGGGCCAUCCUUGCCAGCAGACUUUGGACAUGCAAACCACCAGGGAAGUUUUGCUGGGCAAGCACUAUUGAAACUACUUUGAACUGCAUAAAUAAAUUCUUGUUCAACUUCUAUUCACUUCUGGGGGGUUGUGCUGCGAAAGAGAGAUUAGAAAGCUCUUUAUUGAAGCUGCUUCCAAACUGGCAGAACUUUGUGCUUCCCAAUCAUUGCUCUAUGUGUAAUUGUUAACUUUCUAUGCUUCAGGGAAUACGGAGGAUAACACUUUGUGUGUGUGCAUCCCACUAUGUUCCAUCUGUAUGAGUGCGUGUGACAUAACAGUUUGAGUAGGGAAGCAGCAACUCUGAGCAUGCUUUAAAAAAAAAUUGAAUCAAUUUUAAUUUGUGCUAAAGCACUUUUUAUUUAGGCAUCGUCAUUGUGUGCUUUCUUUGAAUUGUUUUAAAGGUACUCUAAAAUAUUUGCAAAAGGGAAAAAAUAGUAUGGUGCUAAAAUAGCACUGACUGAAGGGCUUAUUUGCUUUAAGUGCUUCUGCGUGAACCUUUUAACUUUUUUUUAAGACAGAAAGGCAUUUUAAUGCAAAAGAAAAAAUUGAUUUAGGGCCCAGUCCUAUGGUUCCCUGGGAACAUAUAGACCAGGGGUCAGCAAACUUUUUUAGCAGGGGGCCAGUCCACUGUCACUCAGACCUUGUGGGGGGCCGGGCUGUAUUUUUUUCCGGGGGGGGGGGAUGAUGCAAGAGCACCAUGAGCCCCGGUGGCUGCUUACCUUUGUCUUGCGAGCGACAGGGGCUGGCGUUGGCGUCUGCAGAGGGACGAUGAGCAGUGCACGAAAGGGCUUCGGAGAGGGGCUGCUUAAAAUGGCGCUGCUGCUGCUGGCACCAACAAAGCCCAGCCCCCUUCCUCCUCUAGGCAGGGCGGGGAGAAGCCAGGUGGAGGGAGGAGAUGCCGCCACCGCCGCUGUGUGAGGGAGAGAGAGGGAGAACGCGUUCGCUGGCAAUCCACGCAGCGAUUCCCGGACCAUCCGUGGGCCGGAUCCAGAAGGCAGUUGGACCUGACCCGGCCCAUGGGCCUUAGUUUGCCUACCCAUGAUACAGACAAACCAUGAGCUGUAACCAAGGUUUAUUCUUGGGUAUACAGCUCUGUUUGUCUGAAGGAAACAAACCAUGAGCCCAGGUUUGGAUGGCAUGCUAAUCCGAAUCAUAACUCUCAGCAGCAGAGGGAAUAGGGAAGGAGUGACUGUGUUCUUCUCUCCAGGAACCCUUAGAUUUGUGCUUUGCCAUGCUUUGGCUUAGUGUUAUGUGGAAACUAUCUCUCUGGUAGAUCCUCCAUAAAAAGUGUAUUGACAAAGCAUGACUAUUCUACCUGUUGUGGAAGCAUCAUUGAACACAACUUUCUAUACUUACCUAAUGAAUCUGCAUUGAAAUUUGGGGAAGUGCAGAAUUAAGAGUGUUCCUUUCCUAAAAGGUUUUCAAUUUGACUGUUGCAAACCAAAUAUUGUUGCUUCUUGUUGUAGAGAAAUUUAAAGAAACAUGAUAUUGGGCAAAUAUUGAAUGACUGUCAGGCCAAUAACAGUAAAGCACUCCACUUGAAACUCAGAAUUAUGCAUUUGCUUUAAGUGGGAGAGAUAUAUUUUAAAUAAAUUGCCAAGUUCACUUCUAGGACUUGAGUGUGUUCAUUUGAAAUGCAGAUCAUAUAUCUCCUGAGUGGAAUCAGAAAAUUGAGGGUUUUUUGCAUGUUCCUUGGUUGUGUGUGUGUGUGUGCAUUUAAGCCCAGUGGUCAGAUCCCCAUGAUACAUUGAAAAUGCUGUUAUACCACUUUAACAGUUGGAUAAUCCAGGUAGCUUUAUUUUGUUAAGGUUGCUGGAAAUUGUAGGUCUGUGACUUAACAAACUACAGUUCCUACGGCUAUUGCAAGACCAUGAUUGCUAAAUAAGAGUGUGCUUUAAAUGUAUGAUGUGGAUAUGACCAGUGUUUCCCAAAAUAACAGUUUGCUUAUCUGAAUCUUGGAGGAAUCACUAUGUUGAAGGCUAAAUUAAGUCUCUCAACUUUUCUUCCCACCCACCCACAGCAGUGUGUCCUUUUGCAUCCUGUACAGCAAUCCCUUCAGCUUGUUCAUAGGGAGGUGUCUAUCAUUGCAGUCCAGUGGACAGUGUCAAGCUUGAAUGGGUUAACAGAGCUUAGACUGCAUUUAGUCACACAGAUAUCGCAACAGAGGCAACCCUUCUUUCCAAAGAUUUCAUCACAUCUCAACAGAGGACUGGAUCUAGAAAGAUAAAAACCAUUGCAAACCUGGGGAGGGAGGAAUUCAUUGUUUUCUGGAUCUGACAUUCAGAUCUAUUUAUGUGAAGCUCAGGCGACAAGUGAAAUACUCAGCAUCGCCGCCUUGCCAAAAUGAAUGAAUGUGGGCAUUGUCUUCAUUGAAAGAGAAAUUAUUCCAUAAUCUUGACUGGAGUGUAAAUCUGGGAGGAAAAAAGAGAGUGUUCAUCUGAGUGUGUGUUUGUUUAACUUACUGUAGCUUGGCCUGCUACAAAAAAAAAUUACUUCUAAAAAGUAAAGUAUAGGAUACAACAAAACAAAUGCUUACUCAAAGCAAUCUGACUAGUUUGGCUGCUCUGAAAAGUUAACUUUGUCUCCAGCUUUGUUGUGACAUUUGACAACAAGGUUCCUGCACUUUAAAUCUGAAGUCAGAACUGUGGGGCACAUGUGACUUACUAGCACAUGCCCUUUCAGGCUUAUACCUUGGGCAAAACAUGCAAAGUUUCGUGAAUACUGUGAUCCAUCCCUCUUCGUCUGCUGAUUCAUGUUUUAAACCUCCUUUCCGUAAGGGGUAAUAAUAAUCUUUUGUGGAUGUGCAGAUGAGAAUCGAGAAUUCUUAACACAAACAAACAAAAUUCAUAAACUCAGCCCUGCAUGGUAAUGUGUUGGUCAAGACACAUUCAAACCAUAGUAGGGCCAACUUAAACAUUUGGUAGAGGCCUAUGGCUGGGGUCCUGUCUCUCUACUAAAAGCCUGAAAAGGGUAGGUGCUUGCUCUUUCCCUCCAACCUAUCGCUUUUCCUCUCCUCUCCCUCCCACUGCUGCUUUUCUGUUAGCCACAGCAAAAGAUGUACUUGGGGGCCACAGCUAGAGAAAAGAGUGCAAUUUGGGGCUCCAGCUUGUCCUGCCAGUUUCUCCUGGGAAAACCCAAUCUUUUUCACUGAAUCCAGUGGAAUUUUCCAUGGAGUGAUGCUUGAUCUGAUUCAAUGUUAAAGAGUGGGCUUUCCUGGGAAAAGCACCAGGGCAAACAGAAAACGUCUCCGCCCCAUUCUUUCUAGGCACAGGACAAGCAGAAGUGUGGAUGAGCCCUUAGAGUGGAUAAAGGCUGAUUUGGAAGCAGGGAAGGGAUCCUUAACAUUUUCUGCACCUGAACAAUUCUUCAGUUGAUGCAUCUCCCAGGGAGUAAGGUGAAGUGGGAUGCAGGAAAAGGUUUGAAUCUUAAAGUUGGAAAGAGUCUGCUGGUGGUCAUCUAGCCCAACCUCCCGUUUGAUGCAGGAUCUAUAAUGCAGGGCAUUACAAAUCCCUGACAGGUGGCUCACCAGCCUCACCACCAGUGAAUCCCACCACUUCCCAAGGCAGACUGUUGCACAGUUGUUGGAGAUUAAAUAGCCGCCUUCUCUCAAAAUCUCAUUUUCUCUUUCUGCCAGUUCUUAGGUGAGAGACAAAGACUCAGAUUCCCAGGGCCAGCUGUCCUGCCAAAUGACUAGCUCGGCCCUUAAAUCCCAGUUCCCUUAGAUCACUACUGUAGUUCUGAAUUGUGUGCCAUGGCACACGUGUAGUUGUAAGAAUUGUCUGUGCACCGGGAGCAAAUAUAUAAAUAAAUUGAGAUCCUGGAGAAACCAGCUCAGGAGAGAAAAGAUGCCAGAUGCAUCUAUGCAUGAAUUGCUGAUCUCUGGUCUUUUCUGCUUCUGUUUGGUUUUUGUUAGUUGGGUGAGUAAUUCUGCUGCAUUGCAUGUGAUGGUUAAUCCUAUGACUGCUGCUGCUGCUGCACAGCAGCCUAUCUCUUGCACCUUCAUGUCAGGAGCAAGCUGUGCACCAGAAUGUGGGUUGUGUGGAUUUUCCUUCAUGGGGGUGGGUGUGUUAAAGUCUAGCCCAAGAAAGAGAGGAACAGGACACUUUCCUUGCCCAAAUUCCAUGUCUCCUUCCCUCAUUUUUGGGGUGAAAUUGUUUUUCAAAAAGGGCGUGGCGGUGAAGGGUUCAGCAUCCUCUCCUACCUGCCUUUACUAUACAGUACUUUAAAUUGCCCUUUGCCCCAGUUUAUUGUGAAAAAAGGUGACAGGUUAGAGCUGGGGGGGGGGCUUGCCAGGUGUUUUGCCCCAGGUGCAGCCUCCAGAGGGGUGCCACUGAGGCUUCCAGGCUGUGUGUGUGUGUGUGUGUGUGUGUGUGUGUGCAAAUGUGCAAAUGUGCAUGGGUGAUGCCAAAAUGGGUCUUUGUCCUGGGUGAAAUAAAGCCUAUUUUCGCCCCUGCGACUAGUUACACAUACAGGAGCAUAGGAUAUUGGGCUCUUUAGAGCAUAGGCAAAUCCUAUAUGUUUUUGUUUAGAAUGCUUAUAACACACGAGAGGCUCUCAAAGCAUCUUACAAGAGAUUCUUACAAUAACACAUUCAGAUCUGAUGAGGAGCAGAAAUCACAUGGCAGUAUUUCCUGCCCUCCUCCUCGCUUUGCCCUGGUGUUAUAGCACACAGUAGCUCCCACCAAAAUCCUCUGAGGCAAGGAAGUGAUGCUGAGUGGCUAGACCUUGCUCUGUAUGUCAUGGAAUCAGAAGUAUUGUUGUAUUUUCUAAAAGUAAAUCUUUGGAGGUGUGAGAGUGAAGUGUGCUUCUUGGUUUUAAUUGAGCAAAAAGUGUUCCUCAGUUUCCAGACAUUUAUGAGAUGCAUUCAGAUUAUUUCAAAACACAGGUUUUUAUGGGGUAGAGGGCACUUGCUUCCUUUGUUUGCUGCUUUUUCCUUGCCAGAAAUGACAGAGUAGUCCCAAGAACUGCCGGGUUUUCAGUCCCAGUAAGUGCAUCACCUUUUACAAGGCUGCAUCUCAAACUUUAUGGGCUUUGAUAAAGAACAGGCUUGUCAGUUUUGUACUUGUUUGAAAGCUCAUGUCCGAAUAUAUUUCCCAGUUCAUCUUUUAUGCCCCUGGUGCUAUAAAUGGUAGAAAGGAAAUGUUCAUGUUCAGGAAGUGUGUUUGUUUCUCUUGAUGUGUGCUAAAAUAAACUUUAUAACAUGAAGAUGAACGAAGCAUAAACUUCUCCACUUUGUUGCUUGGGCUUCAACAUCACGUGCGCUGCUUGGUGUUUUGCAACAGGAGGCGAGGAGUUUUGUGUUUGAUUCUGCUAAAUGGAAUAUGGCAGCACAGAUUUUUAAAGGAUAGACCUAUCUGGUUCACUUGACCCAAUGAUGGUUGAUCUGCUCCAGGCUUCUCAGUGUGUUUCCUAGCUAGCACAGGCAUACACCUGAUACCUGAAGCAGAGCUGUAGCGGGGGUGGGGGUGGGGUAGCCAGGUUUUUUGCCCUGGGUGAAGUCUCCAGGGGUAUUGAGGCUCCCAGCCUGUGUGCGUGUGUACACAAGUGUGCAUGGGGGCAGGGAGUGUGCCAAACUGGGUAUUUGACCUGGGUGAAAAAAAGCCAGGUUUCGCCCUUGCCUGAAGAAAAGAUGUGGCACGUUAAUGGGAAUGAAUUUUAUUGCAUCAUUUUACAAUGUGAAUGGCUUAAAAGCUACAGACUUUACUAAGGCUAGUGGAGGACAAUGAAACAAAAUAUAUACAACUUCCAUAGGUUGUGAUAUGUCAACCAUGUUCAAAAACUGUCUGCUCAGAUAACUUUAGAUUGAUCUCCAAAAUGUCACUUGAUAACUUUCAAAAUGUCUCUUCCAUCUGUCAUGUCAUGAUGGAAUUGCCUAUUGCCACAGGAAGAGUAUGUUUCCUGAACCUGUGUUUGCUGAUGUAAUGGUGAUGGUAGGGAGAAUCAGUGGCUGUUUCCCCCCUUUUCUAUCCACUUAUUGUCCCUUGCAGAUGCCCUUAGUUUCUCUUUCUCCAGUUGAACUGGUUUCUUGUCUCACAUCCUUCAGUUUGGUAGGGGAGGGGAGGGGAGAGGAGUUUUAAGCAGCUGCAGGGGUGCCAACUACAAUAAAAUAUUGGAGGGUCCAGGUAAGCUCCAUCCCACAUAAUCAAUCACAUGACACAGUGCACACACAUUGUGUGAAUGGCAAUUCCCAUCAGCUUUGGGGGGGCCGCCUCCAUUAUUUUAUUGGGGAUGAAGACCCCUCAGCAUCUAGGAGUUGUCUCCUAUGAGCAGCCGGGCUUGGCAGGAGAGGGGGAGAGACAUUUGGACCUUAAGUUGCUUCUGUGUGGUGACCAGCACUUGGGGCAACUUUCUCUACAUGGGUAUCUCACACUAGAUUCCCAACAGAAAUCUUUGUUGAUUUGUACAGAACCUAAGACGGUUUCUGCUGAACUUGUAUUUGACGUUGGACCGAGUAGUUCAAAAGUAAGGAAACACUAAAAAAGGAAAAGGAAAAGCUAAAAGGAGAAUGAUACAUGUUCUGUGUGGGAAUUGAUGUGUUGCAGUCUUGUACAUGGCUACUCAGAAAUAAACUCCAUUGUGUUCAAUGGUACUUUUCUCCCACAAAAUCGGACUGAACAAUAUGUACACAGUCCCCUUUGAUUUUGGUUGGAACGAAUACCCAUGCAAACACAGGCCACAGACUUCUAUCUUUUUGUGUAUCGGGCAGCAUUUUCUGCCCAUUUACAAAUGUACAGUUGCUUGCUUUGCCAAAAAUCUCAUCAUCUGGAUCAGAUGUCAGGAAGCAGAGAUCGAUAUAAAAGCUGUGGAAGAUGUGAAGCGUAGUCUUCUGUGUCUGUUGCUUUUCUUGUCUGAGCCAGUUUGUCAAGCUUCCUGCUGACUGUAUCUGAAAUCCUAGAUUGCAGUUCGAUACCCAGUUCUUUUCUUCUUUUCCUUCCUUGUUCUACCUUGGGAGUGCUCAGUGCAUUCAGCUUCCAUUACCUGCAGGUUUUUGCUGUUGUCUUGGGUCUCCUGGCUUGGCUUGGUCUGCUGUGUGUCACUGUUGGCUCCAGCUCUACAAUCCGUUUACUGAAUCAGCAAAGUUUACCUCUUGAGCAUGUUCCUAUGUAUUUUGUGCCUGCUCUGAAGAGAUGCCUUGUUUGGUGCUUUCUCAUUUACUUCUUUCAGCUCCCUGAGCAGAGGUCUCUUUUCAUUCAUGGAUUUUCUGUGUUGCUUCUGAAAUUGCUUGUUUAAAAUCCUUUUCUCAGUGCAAAAUUUCUAAGCCUGUUUAGAACUCUAUGCAGUGACCAAGACAAAGGAGAAAGUUUCUUUUUAUAAUUUUCCUGUUAGAUUUACCAGGCAGCUUUUACACCACCCAUCACCCUGGUUUUGGGCUCUGAGGCUGAUUUGGCAGCUCUGCUGGUCUCAAUUCCCUCCCUUUUCAAAAGCUGUUUGCCUAGUUCCAAAUGAUGUGCACCCUUAUGCAGCCUUGUACAUUUUUCUAUAUAAAUAGAAGUGUAAGGAUGUCGUCAGGCUGCAGUCCAUGUGAACUGCAACAUGGCAAUGGCCUGAAUGAGCAGGUAGGCAGCCCAGCUGAGUAGCCAGAACAAGCCAGAGCAGUUCUCUAGCAAGUGUCCUUCUCUCUUGCCCCUCAAACUGACACCGCUAUUUCGGCUUCAGCAAUGCUGGGGGCAGAGAGAAGGGAAGUGGCAGCAGAGCAGAAUGGUUACUGGAGAGCUAGCCCAGCCUCUGCUGCCUGAUCCUCUAUGACUCGCCUGUGCCAGGGUUUGGGUGAAUUGUAAGGUGAGUAGGCCACAGUUUGGGUGAGAUGUAAGGGUGAGUUUGGCAAGGUUUAAAGGGAGGGUGUUGGUGAGGUGUAAAUGGGGAGGAGAGGGGGUUGGUAGGGAGUAGGUGGGUUUGUGAGUGAAAUGAGCAGAAGCUUUGUUCCUUAUCUGCUUGACCACUGGGUUUCCACGCUGGUAGAGGAGGAAGAGGCUUUGCUUCUUCCACGGAUAACAUGGAAACCAAGUAGGUUGGUAGAGGAGGAAUGGAGCAGUCCAUCUUUCCUCUGCCAGCCUGUUCACUUGGCUGCAUGAAAUUCCUAGUCACCUGUGGCUACCAGGUAAGUCAUUAGGUUGUCAUCAUAGUUUCUAACGAAUGUGGGUCAUUGCUGAUGUGUACACAGAUUGCACAGAUUUGAGAUAAAUGUUAUAUUAAAAAGUGGAUCAAAACUGUUGCCAUCUCGGCCUGUUUUAUAGGUGUGGUCUUCUGUGACAAUGCCGGUGGGCUGAAAAGAAAAGGUGGCAGGCCAGAUUAUGCCUAUGGGCUGGAGGUUCCCCACUGCUGGACUAUCAGUGCAAAAUGUAUUGGUAGUAGAUUAUUACCCUUCUUAGGAUAAACCAGCAUUCCCAUAGCAACAUAUGAGUAUAUUGCACAGAGUUCGUCUCGUCAUCAUGCUAAAUGUUUAAUCUUGUAAAGAUUUCUUCUGCUACUAUGUUAGCAAUGAAAUAAACUGCAGGCAAGUGCUUAAUCACAUUCUCCACCACCGCUUGUCAAAAAAAAGUCUUGCUUAAGGGCGUCUCCUACUCUUUGUGAACCUUGGUUGGUUUCUAUUACUGACCUGAUGAACUCAACAAGUAGCUACUUGCAUCACUGUCAUGCAUUAAUGCUUCAGUGGGAUGAGUAAUCUUGCUUAAGUGUUUAAUUAUUGAGUGGAAACCUUUACAAGGCCAUGUUGAGAAGCUCUUGAUUUAUAACUGGGAAAUACGGCUGGAAUAUAGAAUGUGACAUAUAUAUACACACACAUAUAUGUCAGUAAACACUACUUUGUUGCACAUUUCAGAGCAGUUAUUAUGAAAUCAUGCAUUUAGGUACAUUCUUAGGGUCAAACUAGAUGCAAUGGUAAUUGUUUGAAUGCAAUUAAUGUGAAUAUUUUUAAAUGUUGUGAGUGUGUUUGAGCAGCAGGGGAGGCUUCACUUCCAAUGUAAAUAAACUUGGAUUGAUUUUUCUUAGGACCACAACAGGCUGAGAAGGGUUAAAAAUUUCCUUUCCCUCUGCCCCAGCUGCUAUUUUAUAAGUUUUCAAAGGUGCACCAUAAUGUCUAGACAUUUUUUGCAGCAUCAUUUGAAACUCUGGUGAGUGAGCAAAAAUAGAAUUUGGCCAGUUGUGAUUUUGAAUUGAGAGCUGCAUAAUGCAUGGCAUAUGAAUAGGUGUGGUUUGCACAGCCAGGAAUUCUUGGCUUUAGCAGCUGGCAAGUAAAUGGUGGGAGACUUUGAUAAGAGAGCAGAUAAACUUACACACUUUGCUACUGUGCUUGUGACUCUCCAGUGUGUUGGGUGGAAUUCUUGUCUUUCCAGCGUGGCUUCCUGGUCCUUCAAAUGAAGGUCUCUCCUUAAAAUAACUUGCUGCUGGCUACUACCACUUUGGCAGGGGCUGAUGGGAGUUGUUGUGCAAUAUAUCUAGAGAGCACUAGGUUGGCAAAGAGUGUAGUCUACACCCUUCUCAAAGCAUAGGGUGUGUUGCAUGCAGAUGGAUUGCAAUGCAUGUCUCUCAUAACUGGGCUCUUGACCUAGGUUGCAUUCAGCCAGCUUUUUUGUUUUGUUUUGCAAUUGCUGACCUUUUGUAAUAUAUGCAAAACCUUUUUUUUCCUGACCUACCUCCCCAAAUAUAUAGUUCCAAGUAACAGGCAGACUUGAAAGCAUUGACUGCUCUUUCCAAAUUCUCCUUUCUGGUGUUGCAAGAGAAUGCUUCACAUUCCCAAAUUCCCUUUGCCCUGUGUUUAAGAUAAGGUGACAGCAGGGAAAACGGGGCCUGCACUGACAGAUGAAAUACAAACAUAGGCUACUUCCCUUCAAUAAUAAUAUUAAAAGGAACAAAGACUCCCAAUAGCAGGGACCAUCUUGACCUUAGAAUGCCAGUUCCUCUGACUUGUUUUGCUAUAUCUUACUUUUAUUUCCCUUUCCGCAGUUUGGGUCACACCUCCGAAUGUCUGGCACACAAGUUUAGAACACUGUGCUGCUUACUAACUAUCAAUAACUGUGAUAGUGCAGAGUUAUUGUGAUAAUGUUGCAGGUUUUAAUUGUUUUGAAACAUGAACUGGUGUAUGGCGCAGAGGUUAAGAGGCUGAACCGUAAACCAGGCUAUCCUUGGUUCAGAUGGUAUUGAGCUCAGGGCACUGGGCAUGGUCCUCCUAAGCUUUAAUCUUUAACUCUGCAACACCCCCUGUGAGACAGGAGAGAAAGAGAGAGAGAGACUGCCCAAGGUCACCCAGAGAAUUACACAGCAGGUCCUAGUGUGACACUCUAACUUUUAUACAAAACAGCUCUCCUAGUUGCCUCCAGUAUCAUGAACUCCAGUAGGUCAGCUUAGGUAUACAGUACCACUUUCUCUCAGACUCCAUCUUAAAUACACGGAUGGCAAUACAGUGGUACCUUGGUUCUCAAACGCCUUGGAACAACUUGGAACCCAAACAUUGCAAACCCAGAAGUGUUCCAGUUUGUGAACUUUUUUUGGAAGCCGAAUGUGCUCCGAUUUGAGUGUUACGCUGAGGUCUGUCUGUUUUUGCUAUUUUUUUUGCAGUUUUGCGGCUUUUUUGUUUCAUUUUUGUGACUGUGUGGAACCCAGUUCAGCUCCUGAAUGAUUGUGUGACUGCAGUACAUUGCUCAUUGCUUUCAUCUUAUGGAUCAAUGGUCUCAUUAGAUAGUAAAAUUCAUGUUAAAUUGCUGUUUUAGGGGUUGUUUUUAAAAGUCAGGUUCCAUAUGCGACGGUGGCGGCCAGGGUAUUGAUAGCUCAAAAAUGGAAAUCAGCAGAGAUCCCUACGGUUAUGGAUUGGCAAGUAAAAUUAUUUGAAUACGCAGAAUUAGCAAGAAUGACACAUAAAAUUAGACACCAAGAAGGUACAAAGUUUAUUGAAGAAUGGAGUAAAUUUGUGACAUAUAUUGAAAGUAAUUGUAGAAAUUUAAAAACUACAGUAGGCUUAACAUAAACCUUGUGACGUGUACAUAAUUGGAACAGAAACUGUAAGAGUAGAAGUAUACCAAGAAAACCGCAACGGGAUAGGAAGGAAGUCGAGGCGUGAUCCAACGCAAUGUAAAUAAGAUGAUGGUACCAAAGAAUGAUUGUUAAGAGUGUUUUAGUUUUUGAUUGAUUGUUCUGGUUUGUUUUCUGUUUUCUGUUUAACUGAAAAUCUUAAUAAAAAUAAACUAAAAAAAAAGUCAGGUUCAGAUUAAUCCAUUUUGCAUUCCUUUCUAUGGGAAAGCGCACCUUGCUUUUGGAAUGCUUUGGUUUUGGAACAGACUUCUGGAACAGAUUAAGUUUGAGAACCAGCAUACCACUGUAUUUGUUUGAAAUGGCUUUAGGUGCCAUUACUGAAAAAGCCCUUCCACGCAUUGCUUGCUGCACCACAGAAGGUGGAGAGACGCUUUGAAGAUGAUAUUAACAGCCAGGGUGGUUAAUAUUUCGCAUAUCUUGAGGUAAUAGCUGAGUGGCAGAGCACAUCCUUUGCAGGUUCAUUGACCCUCCAUUAUCAUGUAGGGCUGGACUUAGUGAAAUCCCCCAAAGUCACUGCUAGAUAAUUAGGCAAUGCUGAGCCUAUACUUGGAGCUUCCUCUGUUCCAGAUCAUUUUGGUGUUGUAGACCAAGCCAGGCACUUUGGAAUUGUUUCCAGGAAUGAAUUGAUAGCUGCUCUAUCUCUUUAAGCACUGUAAGGAUGUACUGGGUUGUUGGAGUGUGAUCUUAUGUGUGCUUGCUUUGCUGAUACGUUUUUGGACCAAUUGAAGUUUCUGGACAGUCUUCAAAACGUUCCUUCAUGUGAGUAGCAUGCAAAGGGAGUCCAUGUGUAAAAAGGGUGAACCUGUUGCCUCUCCCAAACAUGCAUGCGUUGGGUGUGGAUUUCUGAGCUGGGAUGUCCAUACCUAAUGUGCUGAUGUCAGAGAUGGGGUUGGGAGAAGCCACAUUUGGGAGCAGGGCCAGCAGUACAGUCCUGCUGUUUCUUUAUUCAUGGGGAACCCCUUGCACACAUGAAGCGAGCUAAUGCUUCACAGGGUUGUCUGUAACAGUUAUUGAAAUUUUGUACAUGAUGAAGUACUUUGCGUGCUGUAGAGUGCUAUAUAAAAUGCUAAGUGUUGAUAACAUUAUUCAGAUCUACUGUUUAAUGCUCCUUAAGUGUGUUGAAGACCAACAUAUUGUGUUUUCAGGAUAGAAGGCAAUGACAAUUUAAGAUAUCAGCCUUGUAGAGUAUCGUUAUUAUCUAUCUUCAGUUAUAUAUAACUGGGAAUUCCUCUUUUGUAGAUAAGGCCAUCUCUUUAUAAACAGAACCUAGGUAACAAAAUCUCUAGGGGUAGAAUUGUUCAAAUUUGGCUUAUCUCAAGGCUGGCUGGCAUUUCACAAUGCGUACAAGCGUACACAGUCAAUUACAGUGUUGGAAUCUGAGUUGGAUUGUUUCCAAGUUAUCAACUUUGCAGCACUGAGUGAAUGUGGCUUAGGCUCUCCUGUAUUAAUUAUUCUUGCUAGCAAACCCCAAUCAAUGUUCCCGAGUCCACCGUGAUAUGGGUGCCUUCUUCCAUUUUUUAAUAGAUUCAACACAAAGUGAAUAAAAUCAUUAUUUUUUUCUGAAGCAUGAUUGGUUAAUUGCUGUACAAUUUUUCUCGCUGCCUUUGGGGUGUAUAAAACCAUGAAUCAAUCAAUCAUGAAUAUUUAUUUUCUUCCUGGUCAUGGACUUGUGACCCCACUUAUUUUUAUUUUUAUUUUGCUCUGAUCCUUUCCCACCAGCAUGUAGCACUUGGAGAGGUGGGUAAGGGUGAAUGUGACCCUUGCCCCCCUGAAAAAGUGUUAAUGGUCUCUGGAGACACCAAGGGAGUUUUUCUAUAGCAAUUGUUGCAUGUCCUGCAACAUGCUUAUGUUGUCACUGAUAGCAUGAGGACAAUAGUCUUGACUAAAGAAUGUGACAGUGUUCUCGAAGCUACCAGCAUAAGUUUGACCAAACUGCGGGAGGCAGUGGAAGACAGGAGUGCCUUGCGUGCUCUGGUCCAUGGGAUCACGAAGAGUUGGACACGACUAAACAACAACAACAACAACAACAACAACAAAGAAUGUGAUUAGGUUUGAAAACCCAUCAGGAAGAUGAGUUAAGAUUUGCCCAGUUUUUCUUUGGUCAAGGUUCAUGUAAUUCCUUCACUUGCUAACCUUUUGUUCAUUGAUUUCUUCUUUCUCACUGUGCCAUGCUCUUUUAUUGGCCUCUAAUUAGAUGCACGGGAUGCGGGUUGCGCCGUGGGUUAAACCAUAGAGCCUAGGGCUUGCCGAUCAGAAGGUUGGCGGUUCGAAUCCCCGCGGCGGGGUGAGCUCCCAUUGUUCGGUCCCUGCUCCUGCCAACCUAGCAGUUUGAAAGCACGUCAAAGUGCAAGUAUAUAAAUAGGUACCGCUCCAGCGGGAAGGUAAACAGCGUUUCCGUGCGCUGCUCUGGUUUGCCAGAAGUGGCUUAGUUAUGCUGGCCACAUGACCUGGAAGCUGUACGCCGGCUCCCUCGGCCAAUAAAGCAAGAUGAGCGCCGCAAACCCAGAUUCGGCCACGACUGGACCUAAUGGUCAGGGGUCCCUUUACCUUUACUAAUUAGAUGCAUAUUGCACUGUAGAACCCAUAUGUAAUUAACUACAUUUCUUAUAAUCCAUCUUUUGACUGUGUCUGCUAUUAGAGCAAUCUGUCAGCAAGAAAAGUCUUUAGCUCUUCACCCAGUUUGUCUCUCCCUUCCCCUAACACCAGGUAUGGGGCUAAGGAUGUGAGGGAAUAUAUAAGUUAUCAGUAACAAAGACAUUUGUCUUCAACCUCUGGCCAGUGUUUUAUACCAAACCAUCAUAGAGAUAUGAUUGCUGAAAACGUCAAAUAAACUUACAUAGAGUUCAUUCGAGAUGACCCUUUGUUACCCCUUAAGCCACCCCAUACCUCCAGCUUGAACAGACUCAUAAAUUCCCAAUCCUUGAUUUGUGUGCUUCCCUUCUGGUUCAGUCCCAUAGCUGCUCUGAAGUAGUAGUCUUAUGAGUGUGCCAGUCAAAGGUCCCAGUAUCUUGGCUCCAAGUAUUGUUAUAAAUGCUAACCUAAGGUUCCCAGACGUCCCCGUUUCCCGGGGACAGUCCCCGGAUUUACAAACCAGUCCCCAUACAAAAUCCAUUGAAGUUGAAAAGUGUCCCCGGAUUCAUUGAAAAAAAUCUGGUAACCUUAUGCUAGCCAACAAAAUGUUCAGACACGGUGGUUUCCCUUAGCAACCCAAGGGUGCUUCCCACGUUCCAUUCAUGCAAAAAAUAAGCAGCAAGAGACCUACAAAUACAACUUGCUUCAUUUGCACUGUGGAUCAUGAGCUAAGGAAAAAGAGGAUAGCAAAUCAAUGCCACUAUAUUACUAUUUGGGGGAUUUGUUAUUUACCUCUAGGGAGGCCUAGUUCUGUUCUGUAUGUACCUUAAAGGAGGUGCCAGGAAGAUAGCAGCUCAUUUUAGCAGUCGUAAGUAAUUAAUAAAAUUUAUAUGGCUGCCCAUAUCCGUAUACAGUGGUACCUCGGGUUAAGUACUUAAUUCGUUCCGGAGGUCCGUACUUAACCUGAAACUGUUCUUAACCUGAAGCACCACUUUAGCUAAUGGGGCCUCCUGCUGCUGCUGCACCGCGGGAGCACGAUUUCUGUUCUCAACCUGAAGCAAAGUUCUUAACCUGAAGCACUAUUUCUGGGUUAGCGGAGUCUGUAACCGGAAGUGUAUGUAACCUGAAGCGUUUAUAACCUGAGGUACCAGGUUGUUGUACCACUGUACAGUGGUACCUCGGGUUACAUACGCUUCAGGUUACAGACUCCGCUAACCCAGGAAUAUUACCUCGGGUUAAGAACUUUGCUUCAGAAUGAGAACAGAAAUCGUGCUCCGGCAGCACAGCGGCAGCAGGAGGCCCCAUUAGCUAAAGUGGUGCUUCAGGUUAAGAACAGUUUCAGGUUAAGAACGGACCUCCGGAAUGAAUUAAGUACUUAACCCGAGGUACCACUGUAUAUGGUUGGGUGGGUUGGAUUGUAAAAAAGUGGGGUCAAACAAAAUGAAGGAAAGGAAGGAGAUCUUUGUAAUGCUUGCAUGUACACAAGUUGAGCAUGGGUGGAAGCACAAUGCUCGAGCACUUCAGCACCCCACUUCUCCCACACCAGAUCUUGAGGGAGACUGCCAGCACCCUGUGUUUCUAGAAUCCAGAAUUCCUAACUGCAGGCUGUGCUUACUUAAACACACACUUCAAAGCUGCUAGAUGACAUCCUCUGUAGCUAAGGGGUGAGGAGAGAGACAUGCCUCUUGCCUGCUUUCAAUUAUUGCCUAGUCAUUCAGGACAGUGAUUUAACAAUGAGUUCCUAUGGCAACAUAUCACCUAUGUUUGCCAGAGCUGUCCAACCCCCCCCCCCCAUCCCAAGCCACAAAAGGUAACCUCACAGUGUCAAGAUGUAUUCUGUUUGGCGCUCUCCCGCUUACCCUCCAAAAGGCAAGUUAAAACAUUUUUGUCUUUGCAUCUACAUUAGCUGUUUGAUAUGUUUCACUGCAUAUAUAUAUAUAUACAGUGGUGCCUCGCAAGACGAAAGUAAUUCGUUCUGCGAGUUUUUUCGUCUUGUGGAUUUUUCGUCUUGCGAAGCACGGUUUCCCAAAGUCUUCAAAAUCACCAAAGUCUUCAAAAACCUCAAAAAAGGCUACCACACCGCGUGCUAUGAGUUGCUCCUCGAAGUCACCCUGGGUAUUAACGGUUUUAAGAAAAGGAAACAAACUUGCAAGACGUUUUGCUUUUUCGUUUUCAUCUUGCGAAGCAAGCCCAUAGGGAAAUUCGUCUUGUGAAGCAACUCAAAAAACGAAAAACUCUUUCGUCUUGCGAGUUUUUCGUCUUGCGAGGCAUUCGUCUUACGAGGUACCACUGUGUGUGUGUGUAUAUAUAUAUAUAUAUAUAUAUAGAUAGAUAUAGAUAUAUGUAUAUAUAUGGCACACUUUUUAAAAUGAAUAUUUUAAUAGGUCAACUAUUCUAAACAUCUUACCCCUUCCUAUAUCUCUAAAAUUAGUAGAAUAAAAGAAUUGUAGAGUUGUAAUGAACCCCAGGGGUCAUCUAGUCCAACCCCUUGUAGGAAGCACAACUAAAGAAUCCCUGGUACAUGGCCAUCCAACCUUUGCUUUAAAACCUCCAAUAAAUUGGAUCACUGAAGAUUCAGAUUCGAGUCCCAAGGGUAGUCAUAGAUUCUCUGCUGUAGCCAUGUCCAUGUCCAUAAUUUUCCUUUGUAUGCCUGCAUUACAACGGACUACUGGUUUUUAUGAGUUUUUAAGAAGGCUUUAUGUUGUGUGCUCCAAACUGUGCUUUUAUUAUUUUUAUUAUUGUAAAGACCAGUGGUUAAGCAAUAAAGUUGCCUGCAUUUUUAAACCAUAAAAUGUAAAUAACCACCCUGAAAGGCCAGCUGAGGACGAAUGAAAUGAGGUUUAUAAAACACUUUGCUCAAUAAAAGUGUUAUAUGGAUGACAAAUGUCAGACCCAUCUCUGGCAUAAUUUCUUGCAGUAGGCUGGAUGAAAAGGAAUGAUAUUCAAUUCUCCACAUUUAACUGGCAGUAUCUUAAGAGCGAUGAUCCCAUCUGUUUUAUCCACUGACUGCAGGCUGAAUGUGAUGAAUAAAAUAUUUAGCUCCUGUUGGCUUUGUCUCUGAGAACAAGCUGCUUAUCAAUAUGGAUAUGCUCUGACUUUUUCAAGUCUUCCCUCUUUUAGCCAACCAUAACACUUGGAAGUCUCCUCCUUCCAUUCAAUGUUUAUGGGUUCAAAGUAGUCAGGUGAAGUGUUGUGAACAGUACCUGCAUCUGUUUCCUCCCAUUGCACCUCAGACGACUUCGUGAGAUUUGGGAGGGGAGUAUUCAUGUUUGUAUAGUUGUCUACAUGCUAAUUCUCCCCACCACAUAGAGAAGCAUGUAUGUAUGUGUUAAGUUGUGGGUGAACGUAUCAGACGACACAGCGAUUCUUCAAACAGCUCUUGUUUAUUCACAGGCUAGAACAGAACUGAACUGAAGGGUUCAGUCAGCCUGCUUAUAUAGAGCUCCAGUACAAUGUAACUGUAACAAUUUUCUAAAACUAUCCAAUCACUGAACGUCACUUUCGGCCCCUUAUUUGCAUAACUAUCUACAGUAUCCCCCUGCUGGCCCAGGGUGAGAACUUCAGUACAUAACAGUAUGUAUGUAUGUAUGUAUGUAUGUAUGUAUGUUUGUUUUAAAAAAGGACACAAGAGAUUGUCCUAAUUUGAAGCACAUCAGUUAAAGUAAAGCCUGUUAUGCAAGAAUUAUGGCAAAAUGCUGUUAUUUAGAACAAACACAUAAAGUUCUGGUCUUUCCUGAGAGGGUUGUUUGUUGUUGUUUUUUUGCACCCUAGAACAACUUGUGUUGAAUUGAUUUGUCAAGGCAAAAUAGCAUAAAGGCAGAUAUUAAUAUGCUGUACUGUGAAAGCAACUUUACAGAUCUAUCCAGUCAUGAUACAGUAGAUAACAUGAAUCAGGGCCAAGGUACGAAAUAGGUUGUUACAUAAUCUAGGAAUAUCCCUGCUUGGAGAUAUUUUAUUUGGGUUUAUGAUAUAGUUAUGUAACAUAUACCACCUGAUUGUAGGAAAGCCAUCUUGUGGUGGAGAGUUCCAUUGUCUAGUUCUGUGCUGUGUGCCUCUUUUUGCUUGUCUCGAAUCUCUCACCACUGAGCUUCAUUGGCUGACCCCGGGUUCUAGUAUUAGGAGAGAGGGGAGAACAAAAUGUCUAUUCUCUAUGUGCUUUCUCCACACGAUGCUUGCUUGGCUCACCCAAUAGCUAUGCUCUAGUCAGUGUUUCAUCACCAGGUGAAGAUCUUUCUAUUUUAUCAGGCUCUUAAACCUUUUUAGCUUCAGUGUCGAUUUUAUGGCUCGAUAUUAUCACACAUUUUAAAACUUUCAGAAUUAUGGUAUUGCUGUGAGUUUUUGUUAGGUUGCUUUUAUCCUCUGGCUGCUGGUUUUAUGUUCUUAGAUUUUAUGGUUAUUGGUUUCGUUUUUAUUUUUAUAUGCAUUUGUUUUUCCUUCAUUGGAAGCCAUCCAGAAAACAUUUUGUUGUUGGGGAAAAUAUAAAUGCAGUUAGUAAACUUAGAACAUGUAUAUAAAUGUCAAGCGUAUCCUACUCUUGUCUUUAAAAACAAACCAACAAAAAACAAGACAACUAAAAAGCCUCAGAUGUAGGCUUUUCCACUCCCCAAGAAUUAACUCUAGCCCCAGAUAAUCUCUUGUCCUUUUCUGAUUCUAUAGCACCCUUUUUGAGAUAAAGGACAACCAGAAUUGUACACAAUAUUCGAAGUGUGGUGUCACCAUAGAUUUGUAUAAAGGAUUCUUAAGGAAAUCAGCCCUGAGUGCUCACUGGAAGAACAGAUCGUGAAGCUGAGGCUCCGAUACUUUGGCCACCUCAUGAGAAGAGAAGACUCCCUGGAAAAGACCCUGAUGUUGGGGAAAAUGGAGGGCACAAGGAGAAGGGGACGACAGAGGAUGAGAUGGUUGAACAGUGUUCUUGAAGCUACCAGCAUGAGUCUGACCAAACUGCGGGAGGCAGUGGAAGACGGGAGUGCCUGGCGUGCUCUGGUCCAUGGGGUCACGAAGAGUCAUACACGACUAAACGACUAAACAACAACAACAUUACGGCUCAUCCUUGGAUGCCUUCCUUAUAAAGAGCAGUGUGCAACAGGGCUGUGUUCUUGCCCCAACUCUCUUGGGCAUAUUCUUCUCCCUGUUACUCUCCUAUGCCUUCAGCUUGACUGAAGAUGGUGUGUACAUCCAUUCAAGGAGUAAUGGGGGUCUGUUGAACCAGGCAAUGUCUCCAUUCCAAGAGAAAAUUGUGACAGGUUCCUACCCAAGAAAUGUUGUUUGUAAAUGACACAAAAAACCUGGAGACAGUCAGGUUGUAUAUCCAUAGCAGUGACCAGAGGAGGAGGAAUGACUGCUGGGAGGAGCAGAGAGAGAAGAAAUACCAUGGCACAUCUGCAUCAGCACAACUGGAUGCCUUCAUCUGCCCCAGCUGCAACAAAACAUGUCUCUCCCAUAUCGGUCUCUACAGCCACAGCAGGCGCUGUAGCUCUCCAACAGUUUGACUUAACCCCUGAAGAUGUACUCUUCCACUGUAUCCUGAGACAGACAGAUGCCAACCAACAAUUACGGUAUUAGCAGUUUCAUGACUGGGGAGCUGGAGAAAUGUCUCAGAUAGUUGAAUACUAGAUUCAGGUUUAGUUUUAUUUUUUAAACAACCUAGAAUUGGGUGUGUUUCCCCCCUUCAUGUGGGUUGAUGCUUGUGCCUUUGUGUAAAUCAUUACCUCUAGACUGUAUAGUCUUGCGUUAGGGCUUGUGACAUCUAUACAUCAGGCAGGGUUUGUUCCAAAUUAGCAAGUCUUAUGACCAGGGAUUCACUCCUGACAUAUUCUGUGUCUGCUGGCUGAAUCAAGGUAUUAAUUCUGAAGAAUUGAGGACUCUAGAAAGUCUUAAAUUCAGCCCUGUUAACACUCCAUCCUUUUUUUACUGUCAGAAUGCUAAACAGCACAGUCGUCUUAACCCCGGAGAUUAUAAAUGUUGUACAACUGCUGCCCCUGAGAAGUCUGGCAGCUGAGAAAGGAGUGCAAUACUGCACGUAUUCUGGAGGUCUAGGUUUAUGGCAAAAUGUUCCAGAUGCAACCUUCUUGAUAGUAAGCUUGGCUUCAGGCAGAGUAGGAGGAAUGCUUAUUGCUCACCUGCUGAACAAAUGGAUGAGGACUUCAUCUUGCUUUUUGAAGCUGAAUCUAAUUAGUUAAUCUAUUUAUGACACAAGUCUUGAUUAUACUUGGUACUUUUCCCUGUGUUGUAGGAGUUUCUGUUGGGGUUUGUGUGUGUAAUUGCCAGGGAAGUACACUGGCUUCUGUUAAAAGAGUAUUUAAUCCAGCAGACAAAUCCAGACAAAUCGAGCACUAUCGUUCUUUGAACUUCAAAUGCUGAGCCUCUGAAACAUUCAUAUCCCAGGUGUUUUCGCCUUUUUUAACCUGGCAGGUGUUCUGCUGCAUCACUGAUCUCCCUUCUGUUUACAGGUGCCUAAUUUAGACACCUGUGUGAUUUUCUUGGUUUGUAAGGCAAGAGUGCGGGCAAAACUUAGUACAGGACUUCCAGUCUUCAGAAUGACUUCUGGCUAUCCUUGUGCUUGGAGCCCACACCAGCUCUAUAUUGGAGCAUUGCUUAGGUAUGCAGGAUGAAAUGUUGCUAGAGGAGAUCUGGCUGCAGCUUCCUGUGCUGUGAAUGUGCUUACACACAUCCCUUGGAAUUCCCCAUGGAAUCCCUUGGUUGGCUCUGCUCCAAACAGCAACGUUCUCCUCUCUUCUCCCCUCACUCCCCAGCACAGUCCACCAGUGCCUUUAGCAUAAUACCCCAAAAUCCAAUAGGUGCAGAUUUGGGGUUGAAACUACAUAUUAGAGCACCCCCUCCCCCAAAAAACCUCAUGAAUGAGGGCAGCUUCAAAAAAUUGAAGCUGGGGAAGGGAAGGACAGUAAUAUAUAAUAUUCAGAAUGUUUGUCCAGCAAAGGCAGUGAUACAUGUUAUAAGUCAUAAGGAUAAUUGUUUUGCCUUGCUUGCACAAUAUUGCCGUCUAAAUAUUUUGAAAUUUUCAGCUGGACCUUUCUCGAGUAUAAAUGCUUAUUCAUGUUGAGUGUUGUUUCUGUUGCAUCACUGUGCUCUCCAGGCGCACUUUAUGGUUUCUAAAAUAACUUCCGCUGGAUUGAAACCCGCAGAAAGUCUGGUGUGCAGUGACAUUUUUGUGGUUUUUGUAGCUAAUCUAUACAUCUGUUCUGAAAUGUAGCCCAGCCAUGUUCUUGCAAGUGAAGUCAGUGAGACAGUCAAAGAAAAGCGUGGCUUUUUUGAAUUGUGAGGUGAUCAGGAAAGUACUUGUGACAUUUUAAAAUGAACUUCCUUAUGCUGCAUGGGAGCAGGAGGGAUUUUCAGGCCACUCUGAAAUAUAAGGGUGCUAUAGCGCCUGAUUACUUGUUUGCUUUUUCAUAAUUCAUUGUGAUUGCAGGAUUUAGUUUUUCUUGAUAAAGAGUUGCCCUAUAUUGGGCACAGAAUAUGCCUUGCCUGCAAGGAGGAGUUAUCAUCUAUCCAGUAGCAUAAGGGUGAGCAGGCUUGGGGUUUGUCCAUACUGCUUUGGGUUUUUAUUAGAGCCUUAAGAUUUACCCAUCAGAGCUAAGUGCAAAAGACAAACAGUUAGAAUUAAAGAACAAGGUGCCUCUGAGCGCAUUCUAAGCUGAGGAAUUUGGAACACAAUUGAGGCCACCAACCCUUCACAUGAAAGUCCACUCCUGGUUAGUAGCUUAUCUUUAUUUUAGCAGCCUAACUUGGGUGGAAAAAGUUGUUUUGCUGUUGCUUAUCAUUAAACAAUGGGGAGUCAGAAACGUUUGCCAAUACCCUGCUAAUCACCAAGAAAUUUACUAGUAGAUCCCUAACUGUUUUUUGUCCACCCCUGUUGUAGGAUUCCAGCGUCUUCAUGAUCUGUGUUUCAUAUCUAGCAUUCUUUCUCUUUCUGCAGGCAUGGCAGCGAUUCGGAAAAAGCUGGUGAUUGUUGGAGAUGGUGCUUGUGGGAAGACCUGCCUGCUGAUUGUGUUCAGUAAGGACCAAUUCCCAGAGGUCUAUGUGCCAACCGUCUUCGAAAACUACAUUGCUGACAUUGAAGUAGAUGGGAAACAGGUAAUUCUCUCUGCUAACAGGAGCACCUUUGAGCGUACAUAUGCUUUUAACCCCAACUAAAUAUCACAUCAGUUUCUGUUGCAGUUCAUCCCUGAGUGCUGAACUUCAUGCUGCUCCUUCUGACACCAAUCCCUUUAAAAUGUUCUUGCCCACCUCUGUCACCUGUUGCCAAAACCCUGAUUUCAUCCUAUUCGUCCCCUCUCCUGCCUCAAGUUAGGUUUUCCCUUUGGGCCAAGCUGUGUACUGUCCAUAUCAUAAAUACUCAAUAAAGGUUUACAGUAACUUCAGUAGAACUGUUCUAAAGUGGUAUCAAUGUCAUGCUGUUAUCUCUCUGAGUCUGCACAUCUUGUAACUGACCGUCCCACGUUGGUUAGGAGGGAUGUUGCUGUGAGCCGUGUUUGGACCUGGCCUCUCCUGACAGCUUCAUGAUCAUCUGACACCGUUUGGUGGCACCCUUGAGGGUAGCGCUGCAGUCCUAUAAAACACACUGGAUAAUGGAUAAUCAAUUCCUGGGCUCAGGCAGUUUAAUUAGGGUAGAUGUUGUGCCAGGUUGCCUUUAAAGCUGCCUGUUAAGCAAGAUGUACUAUGGGGAGAGAAAGAAAAAGGGGUCUGUGUUCCUGUUUGCUUUUAUUUAUUAUCCAGAGUGGUACUGAUGCUCCUGCUCACUGAUAUAAACUUCCUUCUGUCUCUCCAGGUGGAGCUGGCCCUUUGGGACACGGCUGGGCAGGAAGACUAUGACAGGCUACGGCCCCUCUCUUAUCCAGACACAGAUGUUAUCCUCAUGUGCUUUUCCAUUGAUAGUCCAGACAGCUUAGGUAAGGCUAUGGCACUCUAGGCUUGAGGUAAGAGGCCGUGAGGACACAGAGCAUGUGAUAAUGCCCAUUUGGUUGCUCAUGGCCUCACCCACAGGAUACAAGGGAACUCUGUGAGCGGGUGGAUUGGGAAAGCUGAAACACCUAAUUUAGCUUUCAAAGUAGUGAUUCUUCCAGUCCCUGCAGGAUCCAGAUAAGCAAUGGCUAUUUUGGGAAACAUUGGUCACAUUCACACCAGAUAUUUAAAGCACACUUUAAGGAUAAUAGCCUCCUGCAAAGAAUCACAGGAACUGUAGUUUAUUAAGGGUGCUUAGAGUUGUUAGGGGGUCAUUUGCAGAGCUACAUUUCCCAGCACCCUUAAACUACAGUUCCCAGCAUUUUCCACAACUGUUGCAGUAGUCUAAGAAUAUUAAGGGAAGUGCCAUAGCUCAAUGUAAAGUACAUUUUUUUGAGUAGGUGACCGUAAGUCUAAUUUCUGGCAUCUUCAGUUAAAAUGGUCAGUGGCAGUAGAUGGAAAAGACAUUGCUGGAGAGCCAGCAGACAUUGAGCAAGAUCAGUGGUGGGGAACCCCUGGCCUCUCUCUCUCCCUCCCCCCCCCAUAAAAGACCUGGAUUCAAGUUUGGAUCAUAGAACAAACAAGGAAGAACAGAGGUUAUACCGGCUGAUUCAUGUGUUAAUAAUUUUGUUGAAAUUGUCGCUGGUUUUAUUUUAUAUUGUUUGAGGUACCCCACCUUGUUUGAUCAUGGACAAGUUAAAAAUGAGAUAAGUAGGUAAUAAAUAAAGGCCUACUGGUCUAUACAUGAAAGCAGCUGCCUUGCCCUGUUAUCCAGGGGUUUUUCAAACACGUUUGGCUGCUUGCAAUAUUUUUCUCACUUGAAAAAGGGGAAACCUUAUUCCAGUAACCACUGCCUUUGAAUGCACAAUCGAGAAUCAGGAGUACUAUUUCUAACUAGGAAUUUAUUCAUAGGACUUUAUGGACCGCAGUAUUGUCACAUUUUAACAGAUAACACUUUGCCUCUAAAACUCCAGGUAGUGACACUUUUAAACAGCCUCUACACAUAGAUACGUGUACGGGUUUGGCAGAUGAUGCAGGGUAUAACCAGCAAGGCCCAUGUUAGAGCAGUUCUGUGUUAAACAGCAUCUUGUUGGCUGGAGGGUGAUGAUAGGAUCCUGCCUCUGCAUUUGAGGGCAAACAGUUAACCGGGACCUUAUACAACUACUAAACUGCGUUGACUCCUUGGGCAUCUGCUAGCGCUAUAGACUUAAUAAUGAUGACAGUAUUUGUCAUAGCUGGAUUCUGCAGGGAAGUGUGUGUGCUGGGAAAUGCUUUGAACUUUUCUGCACAGCUCCUUCUGUGUGGUGUUCUGUCUCUCUGAAACUGAUCUUUGCCCACGUCUCCAGGGAUUUUUUGCUGUGGCUCUGGGAUUUAUGUGAGGAGAGCUUUCCCAUAUUCCCAGUCACUUUAUUUCUUUCAUUGGCAUAGGGAGUUCAGUGUUCCCUUUCAGCUGCUACAGGGUGUGGUAGGGAGAGCAGGCUCUCAGCCAUGCGCUGGCCAGGGCUCUGGAAAUAGGACUCUCAUUGUAUCCAGUCUUGCUUUUGGCAACAAACUGGAUCUGGGGAUGGCCUGUUUUGAAGAGGUCUCAAACAGCUUCCUUUUUAAGUGCCAUGGGAUUAUUAUACCUGUGAAUCUGUCCUUCAUUGGGAGGAGGGCUUUUAUUUCAUGGCCUGACCUGGUUCAUGAGAAUGUGAUUGGCCUUUCUAGAAAACAUCCCAGAGAAAUGGACACCUGAAGUGAAACACUUCUGCCCUAAUGUGCCCAUCAUCCUUGUGGGGAACAAGAAGGACUUGCGGAAUGAUGAUCACACCCGCAGGGAACUGGCAAAGAUGAAACAGGUAGGAGGAGCCUGUUGUAUUUUUUUUUAAAAAAAAGCUUGUUGAGUUUUUGUAGCAAGAAAUAAUUCACUUGCUUUACAUAAUGUUGUGUAAUGUUGUCAUUGUGAUGUUUCUGGGAAGGCUUUAUACCAACAGCCACUGUUGCCACAGCUUGGAGAACUCUUCAUACCAGAAUUACUGAUGGCUGCUGCUAUGCAGUAAAGUGCUCUUGGGGAGAAUCUAUAUCCCUCCUAUCCUUUUCUAAACAGCAAGUCAUCUAAUACCCCUUAAAAUGGGUGAGAUAACUGAAGAUUUUCGGAUAAAACAAGUGCCUUUUGUGUAUUCUGAAACUCUGCAACUAGGGAGCAUUAUUCCAAGCAGGAUCACAUGAGAAAUCUUCAAAAGUAAAUAAAAAACUUAAAAGUGUGUAAAAAAAAAAAGAAUUAGAUCAUUAACGCAAUUAAAUAGUAUACAUGGAUCUGUGCUCUACUCCAUACAAUGUGUGAUGCAAUAUGCAUCUUAUUUUAAAUAUUACACUGAAGUAUUAGGUGAAACUUGGAAAUGCUCUGGAUUUUUCACACAAGAAAUUUAGGGAAUCACUUUUCUUUCUGGGAGAUCAGACUAUUAUUUCAGAACUAGAAUGAUUUGUCAGUACUUGAAUUGUUAUACUAACUUCACCCCCGCCCCAAAGUUUCCCAUCUCAUAUUAUAUUGGUGAUUAAGAGAACAAAAUGUCUUGUGAAUAAUCAUUUGCUCUUUAGUGGAGCACUCCUAGAAAGAUGUUGGGUUGCUUUUAGGAGGUUGAUGCAAGUGUCUCGAUUCUGGAAUAUUAUGUAUGGAUUUAGUUGAGUUUCUACAUUGCAGGGCGUUGGGACUAGAUGACCCUCAGGGUAGCUUCCAACUCUACAACUCUGACACUACCAUCUUUCAUUAUGAUUUCAUGUUACCUUAUUUCUUGAUAUUGUAGCAAUAUGCUCUAAAUCUUUGGUCCACCUGGAAGAUAGUGCCCUACUCCAAUGGUGCUCUUAAUCAGUUCUGACUUUCCUCAUAAUUCUUGGGAGGAUAUUCAGGGCUUUUACAAGAAAGUCCAUGGGAAGUUGCUCCCACUUCCACUUUCCGCAACACAGUAACCACUGCAGAAGGGGAGGACUGGUGGUGAAGCUGCCUCUGAGCAGGGUCAGUAAGAUCUCUUCCAGGCAGAGGUAUUGGCAGUUAAAACUCACAUAGAUCACUGCUAUUGAGCGUUAUCAAACAUUCAGGCUGUACAGUGGUACCUCGGAUUACAUACGCUUCAGGUUACAGACUCCGCUAACCCAGAAAUAGUACCUCGGGUUAAGAACUUUGCUUCCGGAUGAGAACAGAAAUUGUGCUCCGGCGGCGCAGCGGGAGGCCCCAUUAGCUAAAGUGGUACCUCAGGUUAAGAACAGUUUCAGGUUAAGAACAGACCUCAGGAACGAAUUAAGUACUUAACCCAAGGUACCACUGUAAUGAUAAAAGUCUCUCCUACUGACACUCAGUGCUCCUACUUUUGGAAGUGUUGGUCUACAUGCAGGCCAUGCAUUUAAAGCACCCCCCAAAAAAAGAAUAAUGGGAAUUGUAGUUUAAGGGUGCAGGGAAAUGUAGUUUUGUAAGGAUGAACUAUAGUCCCCACAAUUUCCUUUGGGGGGGGGGGAGAGAAUGGAAUGUGCUUUAAACAUUUGGUGUAUAUGCAGCCCAAAGGGGAAAGGGUGGGCUGGCAUGUGCAGAGUGUAAGAUUCCUUGCUCCGUGGUUUUACCUGAUGGUGAAACCAUUGUGAACUGAACUUCAGAGUGGGUUCGUGCUGGGAAUUUUGAGCUGAAGGAAUUAAAAACUAAAUGAACACCAAUCUUCCUAAUUCUGAAUUUGGCAAUAUCUUUGGUUAAGACCCAGAAGGUGGAUUAAAGGAUUUUGGAGUGGGAGGGAAGAGAGGCAGUUUGUACUGUAACAACAAGAAGAAGAUGGGCCUAGGCUGGAGUUAAAGUUGGACCGCAUCUCUUAAAAGAUUGAAAACUACUGCUUGGAAGCAGCGUUCCUGAAGCCCUAUGAGAUACAGAAGACCUACAGUGGAGUCAGAGCCUAGUUUGGGAGGGACUCCCUGAUUUUUUCAGUAGGACAAGCCUAGCACCAGGGCAAGACAGAGACACCAUAAAGGUAGAUGGCAGAGAUUGCAGAUUGAUGAUGGGGCAGUGUCCUGCAGGGUGUAGCAUGGAAUAGUGGUCCAGAGGAGAUUUGAUCACUGCAGAAGCCCAUAACAAAUUUUGCUAAGACGUUUACAUGUUUGCUGUCCUCUCUCCCUUGCAUCCAGAUGGCUUGGGGCAGGUACAUGAACCACAAAGUUCUCAGGUACAAAGAUUUAAGGCCCAUCUUACCCUGUAUGUCUAUAGGAAGGAUGUUAAAAUCUGCUUCAAGUGUUGUGUGAAUGGGGGUCCACAUAUAGAAAGCGCCAAUGGGGCCACAGCACUGGCCCUGCCCCUGCCCCAGAAUUUGAACUGCCCAGCCCUCUGGCCUUCCAAACACUGAGUAUAUAUCUGAGCAUGGAAAAGGCCUUGCUGACCCUUUCUAUAUGUGGACCAUUCUCUCCCCCCACCCCCAAUUCAUGUGAGAAUGUCCUUUCAGUCUUGCCAAAAUGGCCACCCAUAUUUCUGCGAGGAGCUGUGCUGCUUUUCUCAGCCAGGAUAGGGUGUUACACCUGUGCUAACUCGAGUUCUUCCUUAAAUCGAGCCUUGCAUUGGUUUCAUUAAUUUGGAUUGUGUUUUUUGCUUUGUCUUCAUAAGGAGCCAGUGAAACCAGAGGAAGGGAGAGACAUGGCAAACCGGAUCAAUGCUUUUGGCUACCUUGAGUGCUCAGCCAAGACGAAGGACGGUGUGCGGGAAGUGUUCGAAAUGGCAACUCGAGCCGCCUUGCAAGUCAGGAAGAACAAAAAGCGCAAAGGUUGCCCCCUCCUGUAAAAGGGGUGCAUUGGCAGAUGAUGUGACUGUGCUGUCUGAAGUGUAUCUUUCCCUUUCCAUGCACCCCACAGAUGGGGUCGAGGUGGAGAGGUGGAGCUAUUAGCUCUAUCUAGAAUAAAAAAUUUAACAUGCUGGCUAUGUCCUUCAUCCCUCUGCACAGUAAAACUUCCUGGGACACACAAUAUAGGCAUCUACACGGUCUCUUCCUGUGUUGCAUGCCCAGGCUGCCUUUUCCAGCUCUCUCAAGGGCCAGAGGUGUCUUUCUGAAUCCUCCUUAUAAACAAUGUCCUUUUUGUAUUGGGCAGGCAGUGUACUUGAACUAACUCUGUAUUGUUCUUUGCUCCCAUUUUAUACUAAUCCUACUCUUCAGUGCUUUGUACAGAUUCACCAGUGCUUACCCUUGUGUCUUCCUGUUCUUACAUAUUACGGAAGCUAAAUUUCUGAAUAUUGCAAUCUGAGAAUGUGGAGCCUGCCUCUGGUUUACAAAUGAAUGCACUGGCUUCUCUCCACAAAUGUGCUAAAGCAAGCGGGGUAAGUCUUGCCAAAAUGGCCUCCUGUAUUCGCAUUAAGGAGCUGCGCUCUGUAGUGGUCAGAAAUAAUCUUUGCUUCUCUUUGGAGCAGCAGUGCCUUGUGUUUUUGGCAAUACUGUAUUCUCACUUCAUUAAAUUAAUUCAAACUUGAGCUCGACUCUUUUUGUUGUGGAUGCUAUAUGGCUGUCCAUCUGCACACUGAACUGUAUGAAGCUGUGUUAAUUCUGCUGAGCACCACUAGGGCAGUCAACCUGUGUUGGAAGUUUCUCAGCUGCUUCACCGUAUCUGUCUUGUUACCUUCUUCCUCACAAUUCCAUAAAGUGUAGCAACUCAGCUCGUUAUCUUUGGGCAAAUCUAUUAAUACAAGGUUAUUGGUGGGUAUUGGGAUGCGGGUGGUGCUGUGGGUUAAACCACAGAGCCUAGGACUUGCCGAUCAGAAGGUCAGCGGUUCGAAUCCCUGCAACGGGUUGAGCUCCCAUUGCUCGGUCCCUGCUCCUGCCAACCUAGCAGUUCAAAAGCACGUCAAAGUGCAAGUAGAUAAAUAGGUACUGCUCCUGCAGG